GAAUUCUCGCGCUUUGGAGCGGCAUUCCAGCACCACUAUUCCACAUUCCCCACCCGAAGACACUCUGCACUAUCCCGCCACGUCGAGAAAGCGUAACGGGGCCGGGGCUCUUUUCGAAAACGCGCGAAGCGCCACCUCUCAUAGGGUGCCUGCGAGACACUCGCAACCUGUCGCGCCUGACAAUCGCCGUUCUCAACAGAAUAUUCGCCAUAACCAGGCACCCAACUAAGGGCCACAUCGGCCCUCAUACAAAUCGGACCCAUCGUCGCAGCCGUCUUCCACACCUCGCGGGCCAGCGUCGCGCACAAGCAGCGCCAGGGCUCCCUCAGUCACGCAACGCACAGCGGGAACUUAGCGACACCCACGCUAGCCCACCCGAAUCAAGGUGCGCUCUGCAUCUUGUAGCGGCGCAACUAGGGUGUUGACGCAUUGGCGCGGCCUAUGCCCAUGCAUUCCCGUGGGACUGCAUUCCCCGUGCUUUCCACAUGCCCAUCCGUGCCCACGCCAAUGCCUUCGCAGUGCCCAUGCUACCGAUGCGCCGUGGCCUUCGUCAUUCUAAAAUCAACCCGAUGCCCAUGCACUCCGGCGCCAAUGUGCGCACUAUGCCCAGAGCUCGCCUUCCCCCCAAACCAGAGCUCACCUUCCCCCCCUGUCCGAACCCAACUUCCCCCCAAACCAGAGCAGGAGAUCAGGAGAGCAGAAGAGAGGGUUUCGCAGCAGAGCAGGUGAGCAGGAGAGUAGAUGAGCAGGAGAGUGGGAGAGCCAGAUAGCUUGAGGGCGGGAGAGCAAGUGAGCGGGAGAGCAGGAUCCUGGGAGAGCGGGUGUGCGGGGUAGCGGCAGUGCAGCAAUAGCACGGCGGUGUCCACGUGAUGUGGUGUCGGGACGGCGCGGCUCUCGCGAAAGCGAGGGCUGGAAAUGGCUCUCCUAAAUCAAGUGUGGUUCACGCCCCUCUAAAACUCCCCGGUUUUUCGAGUCAGCGCGACGUGCACUGGGAUUGCUUGACGGGAAGGGCGGGGGGCAGCGUCAUGUCCUAGGAGUGCAUAGUAAACUCCAAGGGACCUUGCGUCUUGGUGGGUUGGUGAGAUGCGUGUUCUGGAGUGCUGACCUUGCGUCGUAUGGCUGUCGCUCGGCCAAUCACCCAUUUGCGCCUGAGAAGUAUUCCUUUCUCGCGGGCCAACAGGGUUACCAAGUUUCCAUUGUGUGGGCGUGUCAAGGGUUCGCCACUUGGAAGGUUCAAGGUACUCUGUGUCAAACAUGUGUAUCUCCUAUGUUUGCAUAGACUGUAUAGGGCCACCUCUUAGAGGGUGCAACACUUAGGUAUAU